AUAACAAUAGCGAUGACAACUAAACUAAAAGUAUCUAAAUAUUUAUAUGUAUGUGAAAAAAUAUUUGUCAAUCUUUGUUUAUAAUAUUUUUCUCUUUAGUAUAGUCGAAAAUAAAGUUAAGAAUAUAAAAGAAAAGGGGAAUUUUAAUUUCGGACAACAUAAAUGUUAAAUACAACAAAAUUCUAGAUUACGCGUUAGUUUGCUAACACAUGUGAAGUUUUAUGUUUCUUAUUGUUGCUUCUAAAAUAUCGGAAUAUGUGCACAAAGCUAUACGUGUAAAUGGCCUUAUACAUUAUAUGUGGCAAUAUAAUCCCGUGUUUACUAGAGGCACAAACAACCUAUUAAGCUUUAAAAAUCUUUUUUAGUAAAUUCAAAAAAUGUCAGAUGGAUCGCCGCCUCCAUCGAUUUGCUUUAUUCGUGCCGCUGAAUCCUACCCGAAAUCACAGAUGGAAAAAGAAGACUCCCAGUUGCUGGUGCCCUUUCAGGAGCUGCUUGGUGAAUCUAUCAAGUACCUAGGCCGAACGGACGACGGGAUUCUAGCCUUAUCAAAUUACCGCAUAUUUCUCUCAAAAAAGUCAACUGCCUUUGAGACGUACGUGCCCUUGGGCCUCAUUGAAUCUGUGCAAGGACGUGACCUGUUUCAGUUAAUUAUUAAUUGCAAGGACGCCAGCACUGUGCGAUGCUCUUUCCAGUCUACGGAACAAUGUGUGGAUUGGCAACGACGAAUUAAUUUGCUUAUAGGCGUUCCUCAAACACUGGAAAACCUUUUCGCAUUUGGUUUUUACUCCUGGACCUGCGAUAUAUUUGGCAGUAGUAAUGAGAAUGCAAGUACAAAUGGCUAUCGAGGCAAGGAUCGCUCUACCUUACACACACCUCAGGCUCCUUUAAACGUUGAGGCUGUACCCUCGGCUAGCAUUCGUUUGCAACGAGCCAUGAGUUAUGAUAGCGACUUUAAAAACGAAGUCGUCCGUUUAGGAUUUGACCUCAAAGGAUCUUGGCGAAUCUCCACGGCCAACGCUGACUUCAAACUGUGCCCCUCGUACCCACCCAAACUGCUUGUACCUUUUUGCAUCACCGAUGAAAUGCUCCACAACGUAGCUAACUUCCGUGGAUCGCGCCGGCUGCCAGCGGUUGUCUGGCGCCAUCAAAAGUCUGGCGCCAUUUUAGCUCGCUGUAGCCAGCCGGAGGUCGGUUGGCUUGGCUGGCGAAAUACCAAAGAUGAGCAGCUCCUCAAGGCGCUGACCGAUGCCUGUGCCUUUGACAGGGGUGAGCACUCAAGACGAUUAACAUAUGCCCAUGCAAGCGCUCAUCAACCGAAAGAUACAAAAGAUUUGAACGGCCAAUCUUCUUCAUCUGGAAAGAGUUCACCUUCAUUAGAGGAUUCUUCGCACGAGGAACUUACCUUAGACGAAGUUCGGAAAAUUUUAAUAGUAGAUGCCAGAAGCUAUACUUCUGCCGUUACAAAUCGGGCACGCGGUGGAGGCUGUGAAUGCAUUGAGUACUAUCCAUGCGCCGAAAUUGAAUUCAUGAAUUUAGGUAAUAUUCACGCGAUUCGUAAAAGUUUUCAUGCUGUCCGCCUGCUUUGUGCCUCAUCCCCAGAUGACCCAAAUUGGUUUGGUCAACUGGAAAAAACUAUGUGGAUGCAACACCUGUCAGGUUUAUUGGGAGCCGCAAUGACUGUUGUUCAUACCAUCGAAAAGAAUGGCCGCCCUGUACUUGUGCACUGUUCUGAUGGCUGGGACCGUACGCCUCAAAUUGUGGCAACAGCUCAACUCUGUUUGGAUCCUUACUACAGAACUGUUGAAGGAUUUCGCGUUCUGGUUGAACGUGAGUGGUUGAAUUUCGGUCACAAAUUCGCUGAUCGCUCUGGAAAUGGGCCCCAUUCCGACGAAGUGAAUGAGCGGUGUCCAGUUUUUUUGCAGUGGCUUGAUCUGGUUCAUCAAAUACAGCGGCAAUAUCCUUGUUCUUUUGAGUUCAGCGUAGGCUACCUGAUUAAAAUGGCGCAACAUUCGCUUUCCUGUCUCUUCGGAACUUUUCUUUGCAACUCGCUUAAAGAACGCCUUGAUAAUUCCGUAUUUGACCGAACAUUUUCAGUGUGGCCAUUUUUAGCGGACACUAUGUACAGAAAUCCUCUGUAUAAGCAUGAGACUGAAAAGGUUCUGUGGCCUGCACACAGUGUAAGAUUUUUACAUUUUUGGUCCGACGUUUACCUUGGUAGUUUAGGUAACAAAAACGGAAUUGAUCUGCCGCUACUUAGUAACGAACGCCCAAACGCUCAUUAUCAGGAUGUGAUGGCAAAAACGAGAUCUUCUGAAAAUCUGAAAACGAAUGAGCUGGGACAAAGCACUAUAUCAAGGAGAUCUAGUGAUCCAAAUCUAGCAGUGGAAUCCAUUAUUACAGAAUGCCUUAAUAUUAAUAGCAACUCCAUGUUCGACAUACGAUCUGAAACAAACAAUAGUGUUAGAAAAAAUGUCCAAGAUCGUGUUGAACACUCCAAAGACUUAGAGGUAGACGUAACGGAUGCAAAAAAAGAAGGCCAAAUUUGCCCUGAAAAUAAAUUAUGUAAAUCCUAUAACGACCAAACUAAAGCUUCGAAACGUGAUAUAUUAAAUGUAGCAUCACCAUUGCUAUCGCAAAAUAGUCUGAUGUGCUCACAGAACUUGAUUCAUAGUCCACGUUGCAUAGAAAGCAAUGUCCACGUUUUACGUAACUCUGCAAAUGAUCAAAGCCCCCCUUUAAUUGAUAAUCAAAUCAGUGAUACAAGUCCAGCUAUCAGGCAUGGACAAUGCGAUGUUAGUUCCGAUUCUCCGAUUUCCAGAAAGUUUACACAAAAAAACGAGGUGGACAGUAAUAGCAGGAACUUAGGUCUCGACUAUAAUCGGAAAAAUAUAGAUGCAGCUCCAAGCAGUAAAAUAAAUUUAAGCUUUAAUAUUUUACCAAAAGUUCAUUUAAAUCCGAAUGUGGCGCGACGUUUAAAAACAGACGACAUGUUUCCGCAUCACCUUGACCUGCAUGUGCCAAGGGAUACUGGUGGUAGUAUAUAUAAACGAACGCAAGAUAACUUUUCUAAAAACGCAAGCGUAAAUGGCUCCGCGUUAGCUGCCGAUACCAGCAACUUCGAAGAAAACCAAUACACGACGACUGAAAGAAUCGUUGAAAAGUCAUCGAUAGUCUGUCCAUCUGGAGCUCGAUUACGAAGGAACACAUUUGGGUCAAGCUAUAGUCGAGAUAUUGGACAUCUGAAAAUCACAACGGAAAAUGGGAACGGAAGCGGAAACCAUGUCAGCUCUUACGGACUUAUACCGAUGCCGCCCACUCCGCAAAGUAACCAAGAACGAAUGCAAUUUACUAUUCCCUGCCCUGAUGGUCUUGGCCAUGGCCUGAGCGAACAAAAUAUAAGACUCCAUCAGAUAGUACAAGAACAUAAAUUGCGAGAGGAAGCACUUGUUCGAGAAAUACAUAGCAUGCGACUGGCUUUGUUGGAAAAAGGAUGUCCCAGCUGCAAUAGUAUCGUUUCGGUCAAUAUGGAACAUGAAAAUGGAUCAGAUAUCGUUGAGAACGCUUCAACUUGUUCCUGGGAAGCCGUAGAAGAGCGUAGUGAUCCUCCGUCAUUUGUCCCUACAUUAAACCAAGAAAAAAAGGCCUCCAGUGUUCUUUGGGUUCCAGACCAUGCAGUUUCACGUUGCUCUAGUUGCCAAACUGAGUUCUGGCUCGGACGAAGAAGACAUCAUUGUCGAUCCUGUGGCGAAAUUUUUUGUGCUGACUGUUCGGAAUAUUGGGCGCCGUUACCUUACGAAAAGCUUUUCAAUCCAGUCAGGCUAUGUGGUUCUUGCUACGCAACCGUCACAACCAAUGUUCAUGAAAAUGUUGCGGUACCCUUGGAGCUCUCAAUAAACGAAGCAACGCAAUGUUCUGCAAACUCCUGAAAAUGUUCCCAAUAAAAUUAAGGCUCUUUUGUUGUAUCAUUAUGUUAAUUUAAUUAUAUAUACUCAAACAUAUUAAUUGCAUAUGUUUUAUAGUAUGAUAGAAUAUUUCUGUGCGAAUCUAUAGAACUUGGAAUUAUAAUUUAUUUUGAAGGCA